GUCUUCGCAGUGAUACGACAAUUUUCCGCGAAAUUAAGCUGGGUAUAAUCGCAGGCAACCCCAAUAUUAGAACGCAUUCACAGAUGAAUAAAGAGUCUGACCAUCACGAAUGCAAAAUGUAAACUAUUGUGCACCAUGCCUCGUCUUCAGCAUCUGAAAAUCGCCUGUACUUUGCUUGCCUUAGCCCCACUCUCGUUGGCAAAGGGAGUGCUGCCAGGACAGAUCAAAAAUUUCGUCACCUUCGGCGACUCGUAUACAGAUAUCGCCUACCCUGCUGCUGAUGGAGGACAAGCGUGGCCAGUUUAUGCAGCUGGCUAUGGAAACUUCACUUUAUACCCCUUUGCAAAGAGCGGAGCGACCUGUUCGAACAAUUUGACGUAUAGGCCAUUCCCUCCUGUAUUUGGAAGCCAGAUACCAACAUAUUUAGAAGAGAAAUCAAACGCGACAAUUAACCCAAAUCCCGAGGAAACCAUAUACACCUUGUGGAUUGGUACGAAUGACUUGGGCGUAAAUGCGCUCCUCACGGGAAGCGAUGCGCCCGAUGUGUCGAUAGUUCAAGUCAGAGAAUGUGCUGUGGACUGGCUCAAAGUUAUGUAUGCCAGCGGAGCCAGGAACUUCAUCAUGCAAAACAUUAUACCACUCGACCUGACAAUCUUGUACUCGAAUUACUCAUACCCCAAUCGUUACUGGGAUGCGCAACGGAAUACCACCGAGUGGAACGUAUACAUGAGGGAACUUGCAAAGGCAGGCAAUGAGAUAACUCUGUUGAUGCUACAAGCUCUUGCUCCCACUUUGCCAGACGCUCACAUCGCUUCGUUCGACUCACAUGGCCUUUUCACCGAUAUGUACAACCACCCACAGAACUACCUCAAUGGUACCGCACCCCUGAAUGUGACAGGCUGCGUUAACUCGUGCAUCUUUGCUUUGAACGAGAGCACUGGUGAUGCCGGCGAUUGCACAGUCGCGGAAGGUACAGACCGUGACAGCUUCCUGUGGUACGACGAGCUCCACCCGUCCGAACAAUCAGAUAGGAUUGUGGCGCGUGAGAUAACAGCAGUUAUGAAGGGUGAAGAGAACCAGUGGGUGACGUGGUUGAGUUGA